UUUUAUUUUGGAUAUCCAUUUGAUUAUUACAUCAUCGUUCACAUUUAAUUCAGAAAUCAGUAACAAAAAGUGAUUUUUUUUUAUUUUUCAAAUGAAAGACAAAAUAGCUAUGUCAACUACAAACAUUACCAAUAAUGAAUCUGAUACAAAUCAUCGAGACAAUUUUACGGAAGUAAAAUCAAAGUGUAAGCAGAAAAUCAAAGAUAUUCAAUCAAAAUCACGAAUUAAUCCGGUGUCUAUCCUUCGGGAAAAUGCUCACGAAUGGAAUGUAUCGAUUGAAUCGGCUGAAUUUGCAAGGUUAAUGGAUAAACAUGAUCCGUUGCGUUCAUUUCGGCAGAUGUUUACGUUUCCAAAGAAAUCUCAUCUACCCAACAUUGAUAAAACCAUUCUAAAAGAUCCUGAGGAAGAAUGUAUCUACUUAUGUGGCCAAUCAUUGGGCUUAAAACCAAAAUUAUUGGAUCAAAAUGUACAAAAAGUAUUGGAUAAUUGGUCAAAAAAAGGUGUACACAGUCAUUUUCAUGGAUAUCUACCGGCUGCAUUAUCCGAUCUUCCGGCAAAAAAAUUAAUGGCACGUAUGGUUGGUGCACAAGAACAUGAAAUUGCAAUCUUAAACGGUUUAACCGUGAAUCUACAUCUGCUACUUGCAACAUUCUAUCGACCCGAUUCAAAUCGAUAUAAAUUGAUGAUCGAAGAUCAUGCAUUCCCUUCUGAUACGUAUGUGGCUAAAUCACAACUACGAUCGCAUGGAAUAUCACCGGAAAAAGGAUUGAUAUUAUUAAAACCUCGAAAAGGAGAAAAUUUAUUAAACGAAGAUGACAUCAUCCGAUUGUUUGAUGAACAAGGUGAUCAGAUUAAAGUUGCAUUAUUACCGGCUGUUCAAUACUAUACAGGUCAAUUGUUGAAUGUAAAACGCUUGACUGAAGCAGCUCACAAAAAAGGCAUAUUAGUAGGAGUGGAUUUAGCUCAUGCAGUAGGUAAUGUCCCGAUUUAUCUUGAUGAAUGGAAUGUCGAUUUCGCAGCAUGGUGUACAUAUAAGUAUAUGAAUGCCGGUGCUGGAAGCAUGGGAGCAAUUUAUGUGAAUGAAAAAUAUUUCACAAAUUAUAGCGAAACAUUUCCCAUGUAUCAAGGAUGGUGGGGUAAUAAUGUAGAAACGAAAUUCCUGAUGAAAGGUGAUUUCGAUCCAGCUUUAGGUGCUGAUAUGUUUAAAUUGAGCAAUCCAUCACCAGUGUUGAACGCAAUGCUUAUGACGAGUCUGGAGAUAUUCGAACAAACAUCGAUGGAAGAAUUACGACAAAAAGAAUACUUACUGACAGGAUAUUUAGAAUUUAUGAUUAAAUCGUUUUUCCCUCAAACGGAUAAACGAAAUAAUCAUCAACGAUCAGCAGAUAAUAAUGGCGAUAGUCGAUCAUUAUUAAUGCCAUCCAUCAAAAUCAUUACACCAUCAGAUCCGGAACAACGAGGAGCCCAAUUAUCAUUAAUUUUUUCCGUACCACUUUCGAUCAUUCACGAACAAUUUCAGAAGCGUGGCAUUGUGUGUGAUAUUCGAAUGCCAAGUGUGAUGCGUGUUGCACCUACUCCAUUAUAUAAUUCAUUCACCGAUGUUUAUCGAUUCAUUACAACACUGUAUGAAAUAUUUCAAAAUAUGGAUAGCCUAUCCAGUAGCCAUGAUGAUGAUGAUAUUUCAAUAAUGACAAAAGAGACGGUUGGUGGUAUGAAUCAUGAAAACAAUGAUGAUGGCCAAGGAUCUUCUAUAUCUGGUUCAGAUUCGGAGGCUGAUUCGCUUGGUGGCAGCACAAAUACUCUUUAAAAUUGAGAAUAUAAUCUUUUUUUUUAUUAAAAAACCUAAUAAUUAACAAUGAGAGAAUAUUCAAUUUUCUCCAUAGAUAUUUUUUUCAUUGAUA